GCGCUGAAAUCUCACAACCACCGAAAUCAAAUCGGAGAAGUGGAAGAAAUAGAGAGCGAUGAGCAGCAGCACCGGCGGCCAAGGUGGACCCCACUCGCUGGCCUUCAGGGUGAUGCGUCUCUGCAAGCCCUCAUUCCAGGUCGACUCCAUCCCCCUCCUCCUCGACCCCGCCGAUCUCCUCGUCGGCGAGGACAUCUUCGACGACCCCCUCGCCGCCGCCAACCUCCCCCGCCUCCUCCAGAGCUCCUCCUCCGACUCCUCCUCCGAUCCCAGCUACCGCUCCAGAUUGCUCCUCCACCAUCCCUCCGACUCCAUCGGCCUCUCCGGCCUCCUCGUCCUCCCCCAAGCCUUCGGGGCGAUUUACUUAGGAGAGACGUUUUGUAGCUACAUUAGCAUCAACAAUAGCUCUAAUUUCGAAGUCCGUGACAUUAUAAUCAAGGCGGAGAUGCAAACAGAGAGGCAGAGGCUGGUGCUGUUGGAGACGUCGAAAUCACCCGUGGAGUCCAUUCGCGCCGGAGGGCGGUAUGAUUUCAUUGUUGAGCAUGAUGUGAAGGAGCUCGGAGCUCACACGUUGGUGUGUACUGCGUUGUACAAUGACGGUGAGGGUGAGCGUAAGUACCUACCGCAGUUCUUCAAGUUCAUUGUGGCAAAUCCUCUUUCGGUUCGGACUAAGGUCCGCGUUGUUAAGGACACUACCUUUUUAGAGGCUUGCAUUGAAAAUCAUACAAAGUCAAAUCUUUUUAUGGACCAAGUUGAGUUCGAGCCUGCUGGGCAUUGGGGUGCAAAACUUCUGAAAGCUGAUGAACACCAUUCUGAAACGAAAUCUCAAACGAGAGAUCUGUUUAAGCCACCAGUUCUCAUCAGAUCUGGCGGAGGAAUUCGUAACUAUCUUUAUCAAUUAAUAUCAUAUGGGUCUGCUCAACCAAAAGUGGAGGGAAGCAAUAUUCUUGGUAAACUCCAGAUAACUUGGCGAACAAAUUUGGGGGAACCUGGUCGCCUACAAACACAGCAAAUAUUGGGCACUCCCAUAACACGAAAGGAUAUUGAGUUGCAAGUUGUGGAGGUACCAUCUGGCAUCAAAUUGGAAAGACCUUUUACGCUACACUUGAAAUUAGCAAAUGAGACAGAAAAAGAACUUGGCCCUUUUGAAGUUUCUUUAUCACAAGAUGAUUCACGCGAGGAGAAGGUUGUCAUGAUUAAUGGUCUUCAAACUGUGGUAUUUCCAAGUCUUGAAGCAUUUGGCUCCAAGGAGUUUCAUCUGAACCUCAUUGCUACCAAACUCGGAGUUCAGAAGAUCACAGGCAUUACCGUUUAUAACACAAUGGAGAGAAAAUCAUAUGAUCCUUUGCCAGAUUUAGAGAUAUAUGUGGAUCUGGACUGAUUCUGCCUUAGUUGUCAGUGGUCUGGCUUCCUGUCUUUCGUGGAAACACUUGAGCAUUUGAAACGCAAGGCGCUAGUUCACUGGGUUGAUAAGUGGUGAUGCUUUAUGCUUAUGGUGGACUGAUAACUGUUAUCAAUCUCUGUCAAGUAUGUGGCAGUUUGAUUCUUUGGCUAGCAAAUGUAAGGCUGUAAGAAUAGAAUGCCCAGAAACUGGCUCCUAUAUUUAGUUGCGAGGAAGGAAAGUAGUCUGUAAAAGAUUUAGCUCAAUUAUAUUAGAGAUUUGUAAUAGAAACUUUUUUUUUUCAAUACAUGAAAACGAAAUUGUUAUAGAAACUAUUGGUACAUCAGCGAACUAUUGAAUCCUUUGUUUAAUGAACUACAGU